UCUAGACUCUUAUUUUGGUACUGGCCUAUGACGUCAUAAUUCCGCGCCGCGCUCCCGUGUUUGAGGUAAACAAAAAGAAAGGGUAAAGUGUCUAAACACGGGAGAUCUGCUCUUUAUUAUCAUCUACUAUUAUAAAGAUGGCGUUUAUUAAAGAGGAGAGUGACGAUCUGAGGAUUACAGAAGUGUUCACACUGAAGCGUGAAGAUCGUGAGGAACAAACAGGGUCGAUGGCGCUGAAAGAAGAAACUCGGGAACUGAAUAAAAUGGAUGAGAAAGAUCAGAAAUCCCUAGUUAUGAUGACUGACGAAAACCCCCCAGUGACAAAAAGCACUUCGUGCGAAACAGCCGAGAAAAGCAAAUGUACCUGUUCUCAGUGUGGAAAAACUUUUAGUCUAAAACAAAGCCUUAAAAUUCACAUGAGAACUCACACUGGGGAGAACCUUUCCACAUGUGAGCACUGUGGAAAGAGUUUCAAUACAAAGGCAAGAUUUGAAAAGCACAUGAGAACUCACACCGGAGAGAAGCCUUACUCCUGUGCUGAGUGCGGAAAGAGAUUCAGUCAAAAGCACUGCCUUGAGGUGCACAUGAGAGUUCACACUGGGGAGAAGCCUUUUGCCUGCCAGCAUUGUGGAAAGAGAUUCAGCCAAUCACAAAAUCUUAAAGUUCACAUGAUGGUUCACUCUGGAGAGAAGCCGCAUACCUGCCGAAAGUGUGGAAAGAGUUUUUCAAAAAAGCAUUUGCUCAGGUCUCACAUUAUCCAUCACACUGGAAAGAAGCCGUUCACGUGUGGUCAGUGUGGAAAGAGUUUUAUACGCAAGGAUUACCUCAGCCAGCACAUGAAAAUUCACACAAAAGAGGACUCUUUUACGUGUUUUCAGUGCGGAAAGAGUUUUAUACGGAAGGAUUACCUCAGCCAGCACACAAAGAUUCACACGAAAGAGGAAUCUUUUGUAUGUUUUCAGUGUGGAAAGAGUUUCGGUAGCAAAGCGGGUUUUGAAAAGCACUUGAGAGUUCACUCCAAAGAGAAGCCUUACUCUUGUGCGGAGUGCGGCAAGAGUUUCAGUCAAAGGCAAAACCUUAGAGUGCACAUGAGAAUUCACACCGGAGAGAAGCCUUUUGCCUGCGAGUACUGCGGAAGGAAAUUCAGGCAAUCACAAACCCUUAAAUAUCACAUCACCGUUCACACUGGAGAGAAACCCUACACUUGCUCUCAAUGUGGACAGAGUUUUGCACAGAAAAACGAACUGAGACACCACAUGAAGAUUCACAGUGAAGAGAAGCGAUUCCCUUGCACGCAGUGCAAUAAACACUUCAAACGUAAAAACUCCCUUGUUUGCCACAUGAGGACUCACACUGGAGAGAAGCCGUUCUCGUGUGUUCAGUGUGGAAAGAGUUUCACCAAGGAGUUUCACCUUCGGUGUCACAUCAUCGGUCACUCUGGGGAGAAACCGUUCGCAUGCGAUCACUGUGGAAAGAGUUUUGUGCGCAAGGAUCACUUUGACAAGCACACAAAGACUCACUCUAAAGAGAAAUCUUUCAUAUGUGAUCAGUGCGGAAAACGUUUCACGUGUAAAGACUACCUUAACCUGCACAAGAAGAUUCACACUGAAGAUAAAUCGUUCAUAUGCGGUCAGUGUGGCAAGAGUUUUAUACGUAAAGAUUACCUCACCCAGCACAUGAAGAUUCAUGCAAAAGAGAUCGCAUGUCAUCAGUGUGGAAAGAGUUUCACCCAGAAAAGGAGCCUCAAAUUACAUAUCGCCGGACAUUCAGUUGAGUUCUGUAAGUCUGGCUGCAAUAACAAUCCUCUAGAUUUGCCUAAGUGAGCAUUUCUUUUUUUGCCCAGCCGAUUAAUCCAGAAGCAGCUUCUCCACAUCUCCGUUUACAUUAUGGUUGUUUACUCCACUGAAAUGCCUGAAAAGACUUGGCCUGUGUUUAAAAUCGCCUUCCCUCCAUACCCCUUAAAUAGAGAAGAAUUUGAGCAAGCAGCCAUCUCUAGUGGCGUUCAAAAUUCUAAUUCGCUCACUCAUUUUCAUUCGCCCCUUCAAGUGGACGUAUGUAAGGAAUAGUGAAUGAGGAUAUAGGGGGUUAUUUUGUGGUGGUCAUGGAGAAUUGGUCACUGAUAGAGCCCAGUGACAGACGAGUCUCCACACUGAUGCCGUGGACCUGCCUGUACACCACCCGGUGACCGUCUCACACCUGCAGCUUCUCCACAUUGGACAUCCAAGGUACAUCCAGAGGAGAAAUGGUCAUGCCCUACUAAGCCUGGUUUGUCUCAAGGUUUUUUUUUACCUUUCGUCA